ACUCAUUUAAUAUUCAUGUUCCAGGUCUUCGGCCAUAGUAAAUUCCAGUUUGGGGCGUCACUAGAGACGUAUUUAAAUGGUUUCCACCCUCUGCGUUGCCUAGUACUCAUUUAUUUGCUUCGUCCAAGGGCUGAACGGAGAGAAGCUUGUCGUGUUUCAAGUACUGAAGCUGAUGUUCAGUUAAUAACGCGUUUCCUCGCCGAAGACAUUUUGUUACAAGCAAUAAUGGCACGCUCAAGUCAGGAUGGUGAAAUUGAAGCUGACGAUGCAUGGUCAUCCAUGCCUAAUCGCGUGAGUUCCUUCCAGCACUUCCCCCGUUCUGAAGAAUUUUCAGCUGAGCGCCUGGCCCGGGCAGGCUUUUAUUUUACAGGUCAGGCGGACAGGGUGCGCUGUUUUAGCUGCCAUGCGACAGUGGAGGACUGGAACAAAGAGGAUGCCCCACUGAAGAGACAUCAGCAAGCAUCUCCCAGCUGCAAGUUCCUCAGCUGUGCUCAUGGUUUGAGAGCCUCCAAACUCAUUCCAAGCUCUGUUUACGAUGAAGAGGCCGAAGCCAUGGAGUUCCAGCUCCGCACGGGAGAGGUGGUGGAUCAGACCAUCUAUCCCAAAGUGCUACACAUGAAGAGCGAGGAAGCUCGGCUGAAUACUUUCAGUGACUGGCCUGCAGACGCUCCAGUUCAGCCUGAAGACCUGGCAGCAGCAGGGAUGUAUUAUUUGGGGACAGAAGACCUCGUGCAGUGCUUCUGUUGUGGGCAGCAGCUGGCGGGAUGGGAGCAAGGCGACGAUGCCUGGGGUGAACAUGCAAAGCACUACCCAAAUUGCUUCUUCAUCUUGGGCCACGAUGUGGGCAAUGUGCCGCUGCCAACACCUAGACCCAGAGUGAAUGGGCAAAGAGCCUCUUUGGAGACUUUUGAGGGGCGUCUUGAUAGCUUCAGAGGCAGACAACAUCCCAUAGACCCUGACAGACUGGCCAGAGCUGGUUUCUACAGCACAGGAGAACAGGACCGUGUGCUCUGCUUUAGAUGUGGAGGAGGACUGAAGGAGUGGAGGCCUGAUGAAGACCCUUGGGAGGAGCAUGCCAGGAACUAUCCAGGCUGCAGUUUCCUUCUGGCAGAAAAAGGAGUAGAAUAUGUCAACAGCAUGCAGCUGAGAUAUCCGAAAGGAGACCAUUCGAGAUCAAGUCAGAAUGGCUUUUCAAGUCACGAGGAAGCCCCUAAGAAAGUCCUCCAGUCAGAGAUUGCACAAAAGGCUGUAGAUAUGGGUUUUGAACCCAUCAAAGUGGAGUGCACCAUUCUACAGAAGCUACGUGAGAACACCGAGGGUUAUGCUUCAGUAGAGGCCCUUAUUCAAGACCUCAUCUCACCCCAGAAAGUUGGCAAAAGUGAUUUAGUCAAGAGCAGUGAGAGUGAGGAUUCUUUGAUUAUGUUUGAGAAACUCCAGAGGGAGAAACUCUGUAAAGUCUGCAUGGACCGUGACAUUAACAUUGUCUUCAUUCCCUGUGGACACCUGGUCACCUGUCAGAAGUGUUCAGAACCCCUGAACAAGUGUCCCGUCUGCUGUACCCCCAUCACGCAGAAGAUCAAGACCUACAAUGCCUAAAAGACAAAGAAACCAGCACUCCAAAAGAAAUGCUGAUG